AACAAUUGUUUUGAAGACGGUGAAAUGGAAACUAUAUCUACAGGUAGAUUAUCAGUAUUUUCAGGAAUUAUUGCAAGUUUAAUGCAAUCCGAUUUAUUUGAUGAUGAAUCGUAUCCUAUUGAUGCGUUAUUAACUGAAAUUAAUGAAAGAUUGGGUGAUGAAGAUAAGUUCACUGUUCAAGAAUAUCUUGCAGGUUUAAGGGUCAUGUCAGAAAGAAAUAAUUUAAUGGUAACUGAUAAUAAAGUUUGGAGAGUUUAG